CGGCCCCAACUGCCAUUCAUAUCCUUCCUUCGUCUCCUCUCACAGGCCAGCAGUUCAGAUAAGUACCACAAGCAUAGCAUCCAUGGGAGUGGGGAUGGAGCGCGCGAGGGAGGAGGAGCCCGUAUCGCAGGCGCUAUCCCUUACCACAGACUCCACAUCCUCCACGACCUCGGCCGACUCCUCCGGCGCGGCGCCCAUGGCGGCAAGGAAGAGGGCGCGCCGCGGGAGGGUCGUGGCCACGUCCGGCGAGGGAGAUUUCGUCUGCAAGACGUGCGGCCGGGCCUUCACAUCCUUCCAGGAGCUCGGUGGGCACCGCACCAGCCACCUCCACGGCCGCCACGGCCUGGAGCUCGGCGUCGGCGUCGCAAAAGCCAUUAGAAAUCGUAAGCGGACCGAGGAGCAGCAGCAGCACGACUGCCACAUCUGCGGGCUUGGAUUCGAGAUGGGCCAGGCGCUGGGCGGCCACAUGAGGCGGCACCGCGAGGAGAUGGCGCUCAGCGGCGGCGACGGCGCCGACGAUCAGUGGGUCAUCGGCCUGUCAGAUAAGAACGGUGCCGACCGGCCGCCAGUCUUGCUCGAGCUGUUUGUAUAGAUAACGCAAGCUGGAUCUUCUGACGGAUUCUCAUUAGAUUAGACAACUUGUAAAUGUCUUCAGAAUCAUAUACUGUAUUACGUUUAUUUC